AUGGCUUUCGACGACGCUAAGGGCAUGCAAAUCGCUUUUGAAGAAGCGCAAAAGGGCUACGAGGAAGGGGGCAUCCCCAUUGGUGCCGCCUUGGUCGCCGAAGACGGCACCGUGUUGGGCCGCGGCCACAACAUGAGAUUCCAAAAGGGGUCGGCCACUUUGCACGGCGAAACAUCGUGCUUGGAAAACGCUGGCCGUCUCAACGGCAAGGUGUACAAGAACUGCACCAUGUACACGACGUUGUCCCCCUGUCCCAUGUGCACUGGCGCGUGUCUCUUGUACGGUAUUAAGCGCGUAGUCAUGGGUGAGAACACCAACUUUGUCGGUGCCGAAGAAUGGUUGAAGCACGAAGGCGUUGAGCUCGUCAACUUGGACCACCAAGGGUGCAAGGACUUGAUGAAGAAGUUCAUUGACGAAAGACCCGAGGACUGGAACGAAGACAUUGGCGAGGAAUAG